GUCCGCCUGAGGUGUCAAAGCGACAAAGGCGCAGCAUGACCUGUCCUUGUCCCUCUCUCCCGCGACCCCUCGACGACGACGACCGCUGAGCCCACCAUGUCCCGCCUACCGCCCUCUGCGCGCUCCGGCGCCAACGGAUAUGCCAACGGCUACGGGGGCUACGGAGGCCUAGGCCAGCCCGACCAAGACGACCGACGGGGAUACGGCGCAGAUGGCGCCAGCCGUGAUGGCCGUUCCGGAGGCUACGGCGGCUUCUCCUCGUCUCCGCAGCGCGGCUUUUCCCCCAGCGCCCACGUCGAGCGCCCCACAAGUUUGGAGCGGAGCAGGGCAAACAGGAGAAGCGGGGGGAAUUGGAAUGCGGGGAGGAGUCGGAGCAGACCAGCAGGAGGUGAUGCCAGCCGACAGAUCGAAGAGUCCCUGGAAUACAUACAACAAGAAUGGAGUUUCAUGACCGACGAGAAUUGUACGCCCGUUCAAGUGGCCCUUAAGUUGCUCGACACCAGCUCGUUAGGCCUGGCCAACCGCCACGGCGAAUUUAUGAGCACCCAUGCACAGCUGCAGACGGCGCUGAGAGCAAUUGUCAACGAGCACCACCAAGGUUUCAACAGUUCCAUCGGUACAUUCCACAAAAUCCAGAGCAGUCUCCAGUCUUCGCAGGCGCGCGUCAGAACGCUGAAGGAGUCAUUGGUGUCUGCUAAAUCUAACCUGGCGACGACGAAACCGGAACUGCGAGGCUUUGCUACGGCGUCACAGAAUUAUGAUGAGAUGCUUUCGAUUCUGGGUUCCAUCGAGCAGCUUCGCAAUGUACCGGAGCGUCUCGAGGUACGGAUAUCCGAAAAGAGAUUCUUGCCGGCUGUCGACACGCUCCAGGACGCACUGAGGUUGAUACGGAAGUCCGAGAUGGAAAAUAUCGGCGCCCUUAGUGAUCUGCGGGUUUAUCUCAGCAACCAAGAGUAUUCUCUAACGGAUAUUCUCAUAGAGGAGCUUCACAGUCACUUGUACCUCAAAUCCCCGUACUGCGAGGAUCGCUGGAAGGCAUAUGCUCAUAACCAAGUGAAGCCCGCAGCCGACGGCUCCGUAGCGCAGAUUGACGUACACAGUCGCGCGCUUUAUCAGUUUCUGGAUAGCCUAGACACAUCGCAGCCUUUCACGGACGACGCAUCGCGGAAUCCCGAGGCCGAUACGUUUCACUACAUCCAAGUUAUACUCGAAGCAUUGAACAAAAUGGGACGUCUCGACACCGCGAUCGACAACAUAGAGCAGCGUCUCCCUGUUGAGCUUUUUAGAGUUGUGGAGAAGUCCAACACAGAGGUUGCCCAACGGUACCCUAGUCUCGUCCGUAACUACCAGAAUAAGCCUGGUGGAAAGGGAGGAAAGGCUUACGGGACCGAUGAAUCCAAGACAACUCUCCUCAACGAUCUGUUAUGGACUCUUUACGCUAGGUUCGAAGCAAUCGCUGAGAGUCAUCGGGUUGUCUACGAAGUUGUGUCAGGGAUCGCAAAGCGUGACGGUCUGCGGGAUACGGCUACCUUGACCGGCAGUUUCAAAGAAUUAUGGAGCCUCUACCAGAGUGAAAUGCGUUCUUUACUGCAUGAUUACCUCUCCACUGAUGGCGAGCUUGCGUACCGGUCAGGUUCAGGGCGCAACAACGAGGAAAGUGUUUUCCAAAGGACACAGCGUGACAGAAACAAGAAAAUGUUCAAACUAUCGGAUAUGGACGUAACCGCAACGGAUUUUGCCUCUGAGCGCGACGACCUGGAAGUCAUCCUCAAGUCUUCAGUUCCUGGGCUAGUAUCGGACUCGAAACGUCUUAGUGGUCUCCAGACGAGCAAUAGUUCUGACAGACAUGACGGGAGCGCUACGGGCCAUAAGCUGCUUGUGGAACCCAGUGUAUUCAACAUGGGUAUUCUACUGCCGCCAUCUCUGGCAUUCCUGAACCGACUCAAGGAAGUGGUUCCUCCUACCUCCGACAUAGUCACGAGCACGCUUACCUCCUUCCUCGACGACUUCCUUGUCAAUGUUUUCCAUCCUCAGCUCGAUGAGACUCUUGUAGACCUCUGCGCUCAGACGUUCAUGGAGGCAGACACCUUCCAUGAGGACGCACAGUGGCAGAUCCAUUCGAAGAAACCCGUCUUCAAGGGCACUACCAAAUUUUUCUCCCUUAUCACCGCCUUUUGCAAGAUGUUGGAUAACCUUCCACAUGACCAGGCUUUCAGUCAGCUCAUCAUCACUCAAAUGGUGACUUACUAUGAUAAAUGCUAUGGCUGGUAUAGAAUCCUUGUGACUCGCACCCAAGGGAAAGAGAACCAUCUCAAAGCCUCCGCAGCCCUGGCUCAGAAUCAUGAGGUUUCUAAAGUUCUUCUCGCUCUCAUGCAUGCGCAUGAUGAAAAUCGUGAAGAGCGUUUGGAAAAGGCAACAACGCUAUUCAUGGAGCAUUGUCAAGAUGUCACACAUCCUGAUUUGAUUACUGACCGCAAGAACAUAGCAGCGUUAUGCUUGUUGUUUACAAGCAUGAAAUGGCUUGCGAGUAAGGUCCAUGGGCUCCGCCAUAUUAGCGACCGUGCCACCAAUUCUUCUCGGCCAAGUAGCGCUCGGGGAGGACACAGGCGACGCUGGACAAACGUCGGCUCCGCAGAACCUCGCGGUGACGGAAAUCCCGUCUUCUUGCCACUGAACCAAGAGACGGCCAUUGCUUUCGACGGAGUGGUGAACUCUUACCACGAACUUGCAGGCGCCAUACUUCAGACAUUGCAUCUGGAAGUCAGAUACCACGUUUUGUAUCACGUCAACCAAUGUUUCAAGGGUACUUAUCGGUUAGACCAAAUUUUUGGCGAACCUGAUCCAGAAGUGCUUCAGCUCAACUCAGAGCUGAGCGAAAUUGACGAAGAAGUCCUGGGACAGCUUCAAAAGCAGCAGCACCGAUUCAUUACUCAAGGUCUUGGCCACCUUACCGACCAACUCCUUGUCAAGAACAGCCAGAAGAUCCCUCGCAUGAAUGAAAACGGAUGCGCCGUAAUGCAGCUCAACGUCUUGGUUCUGCAACAAAACCUUAAGAACAUCGAAGCCGACGCUGUCCUCUCCAAAGCUACUCAAUACUACAACUUCUUCACAAUAGGGGCGGAAGCCAUCAUCGCCGCUGCCAAGGAGAGCAAAGAAAACAACGGACCGUUUGCGUACGAGGAACUGAAGAAGAUGCUGGAGCUUUACUUCUCCGAGAACAUGGAUAAUGAGAGGAGAGAGCUGGCCAUAAAGGCUCAGACGGGACUGAGCGACAGUCUGGCGCAGUUGAACGAGCAUAUGUCGCAGUCAUAAACGGGGAGCAGCGCCGGAUGUUUUUGGGAUUAGGGAUUAGAUGUGCGCAACCUAAGAAGUUGUUAGAUCAAAACGAUGCAUUUGCGAGUAAUAUCAAGAUUCCCAAAUAAAAUCAACUUGGAGUCGCC